UCCAAGUAUCGGUGCCUGGAUCCUCGUUUUCUUUCCUUUUUAUUUUUGUUGUAUGUCGACAUUUAUUCUUCUUCCGCUCGAUCUCCGCUGUACAACUUGCUUCGUUGUUCUGAGGUAAUCUCUUCAAAAUUCCCUAUUUUAGGAUUUGGGUUUCCCUUCAGUUAUCCCUAUUUUCAUUAAUUCUUGAGAGAUUUCCUGAAAUAUUUUCUGGGUUCUUAUAUUUUUAGCUAUUAGUGUUAAAUCUAUUGGGUUCUGCUGUGAAAUUGUUGUUAGUCUAGCAUAUUUUUGUUCUCUUUAGGGAUUGAAUUGCAGUUUUAAAGAGGUUUAGGAACAUUUCUUUGAUUUUUUAUGGCAUUUGAAUGCCAAAAAACUUCUGAUGAUUGUUUAUCUGAGGAAGUUUUGAGUUCUAUUGUUGUUGUUCAUAAUAAUCAAUUGAAAGAACGAUUGGGUUCUUUGCGAUUUGGUAAAACACCUGUUAAUUGUGGAAAAAGUAAAUCUAUUUGGAGAAAAAAGAUUAAAGGGUGUGAAUCAUUAGUUACCGAAUUGGGAUUUGGCAGUGCUGAUAAUAAGAUUGCCGCCGUGUCAAAAUCGGUGGCAGUUGAUGAGGGUAAUACCUCGGCUUACUGUCAGUCGAUUAAUGACCUUCCUCCGGUGUUAGUCGGGGAGAUUUUGAGUUGUUUAGACCCAAAAGAGCUGGGCAUUCUGUGUUGUGUUUCAACCGCUUUCAGUCAGAUUGCAUCAGAUCAUUCUGUAUGGAAAGAUUUUUAUCGUGAGAGAUGGGGUCUUCCAGUGGCGAACCCUUUGAAUCCAUGUUUAUCUGAUGAGAAGUCAUGGAAGGAAUUGUUUGUGGAAAGGGAGUUUAGGAGUAAAACCUUUUUAGGGCAGUAUAGACCUGAUUUUUUGACUGGCCAUAAGGAAGCAGUUCUCACUGUUUUCUUGCUCAUUUCGGCUAAGCUUGUUUUCACUGCUGGGUAUGAUGCUGUAGUCCGGAUUUGGGAUAUGGAAGAAGGUUUGUCGGUUGAUUCAUCAAAGCCUCUUGGUUGCACGAUUCGUGCUACUGCUGUUGAUACUAAAUUACUGGUAGUUGGGGGGACAAAUGGUUUUAUCCAAUGUUGGAAGACUGUUGAGGGAGUCUCUCAUUUGUUUGAUCUAAAGGGUUCUCAAUGCCAAAACUCGGAAUUUCGAUUAUGGGAGCAUGAGGGACCUGUGACUUCUCUUGCAUUGGAUCUUACUAGGAUCUAUAGUGGAUCAUGGGACAUGACUGUGAGGAUAUGGGAUCGUGUGUUUUUAACAUGUGUUAUGGUCUUGAGGCAUAGUGAUUGGGUAUGGAGCAUUGCGCCUCAUGACACGACUAUAGCUAGCACAUCAGGUUCGGAUGUUUAUAUCUGGAAUUCUACUGAUGGAACUCUGGCUGCAAUUAUACCUCGUGUUCAUGAAGGAAACACUUAUGCUCUAGUAAGGAGCCAUACGGGUGACUUUCUAUUCACCGGAGGAGAGGAUGGAUCGAUACACAUGUUUGACAUCUCAAACUGUGGAGUAGAUGGAAUCUUGAAGGUGGCUUCUUGGGCCCCACACUCUGGACCUGUGAAUUCCCUUGCAUUUGAGUUUCCAUGGGUUGUAUCCGCUUCAAGUGAUGGAAAGCUUUCCCUGAUUGAUGUGAGGAAACUUCUGAAAUCUACCCGGUGUUCCCUGAUGAAACAUAAGAACAGAAAGGAGGCAACAAUUGAGGCUCCUCAGAGGAUGCUGCACGGUUCAGGAGGUAGUUUGUUUGCCGUGGAUAUUGGUGCUGAUCGAAUUGUUUGUGGAGGAGAGGAUCAUGUAGUGAAACUGUGGGACUUUUCUCGUGCUCUGGAAAGAGAAAUGAGAGCUCGUGCUCAGAAGGCUAUUCGGUUCCAAAACAGGGUGAGGCAGCGUAGGCUCCAAGCUGAUAUGAAUGCUAAGAAUGGCAAAGCUGAUAAAUGUUCAGUAGCAGCUAAGAAGAAUCCCAUCAAUGGAGAUUGGAAUGACAUUUGGCAUAGUAAGCGCAGUGUUAAUGGCAAGGUGAAGGCUUAGCCUGUUAAACGGUAACCAAAGGUUGCUUCUAAAUACUAAUCCAAUCCAACUUCUCAUCAUUAAAAAGUGCACAUGAUUUAAUGAACCAUAUUAUUAUAGUUUAUUAUUAUUCAAAACUAAAUAACUAUAAAUCUUUAGCUAAAAAUACUAGCCUUUGUAUGUUUGUCGAAAAUGCUGAUCAAGUCUCGACUCUCGAUCUUGUACGAUUUACUCGUUUAUUAUGUCAGUAUUUUAACAUUGAACGAGGUUUUAGUUACUAAAAUGUAUAUGACUACUCUUCAAAGUGAAUCAGAUUUCCUAUAGUUUUCUAAAAUCGUUAUUCUAAUAUUUAUUUAGCUUUGCAAAAUUCUUGUUAAAAUAUUAAAUGUACUUUUGCGAAUUAUAGUUACAAUAUUUAUUUUUUUACGAAUUACAGCCACCUAAGUAUCAGAGUUUACAGGUUCGGGCCAAAAUACAGAACUCUGAUCAAUUAACCUAAAAUUUUAGCCAUUAAAUGGCCGAAAUUUUGUGUUUUGACAUGAACAAGUAAACUUUGAUGCUUUGUGAUUGUAAUUCGCAAAAACUAAACCUUGAGAGUAUAAUUUACAAAAGUGCUAAACUUUAAGGUUGUAAUUCGUAAAUUAUUCUUCUUGUUAUAUACCUUUUAGAGCUGUUAAUGGGCAGGCUAUCCGUCAGGCUUGACCCUUUCGGCUCGAAAAACGGGCGACUUGGACAACGUUUUUCAAAAAAAAUUUAAAUUUGGACGGAUAAUACCCGCCCGCCAAGAUAAAUGGGCGGGUAGCGACGCUAAAAAAUACUCGUGGGUAUACUCUCCCGCCCGCCUGCCCGCUUGGUUUAAUAUAUUAAUUAUUAUAUAAUUAAGUCUAUUGAUUAUGAAACUAGUAGCCUACUGUCUAGUACUACUAAUCUACUACAUACCCAAAUUUAGUAAUUAAAGUCCAUACCUACUUUCAUAAUUUUUUUAAUUUAUUAUGAUCGGAGAGAUAUAUGUUUGGAUUUCGUACUCCGUAGUAAGAUAAAUCGACGAUGCAAUUCUUUUUUUGGAUUAUCCAACAUAAUGUUUAUAUUCAUGUAAUUUGAGUAUUUUGAGACUUUUUUUGUAUUUGGAGUAUUUUAGACAAUUUAUUGUACUGUAAUUU